AACAGUUAUACAAUUCGUCGUAGUGUUGUUAGCUAGCUUACUAGCCAACGUUUAUUUGCUUACACCGUUACUAUCUGUCGCUCUUAUCCGCAUGACUGUAUAGUUCGUUGAUAAAUGCAAUUUAGAAUGGCUGAAAAUACAGUCAGGAGCUCCUGAGAGGAUAAUCACAUGAUUUCUGCAUCGUUUAAUCGUUUGCCUAUGACUUGUAUCAGUCCUAACAAAAUGCAGAUAUUUUUUUUUUUAUAUAUAUAUUAUAUUUAUUUUUAAUCAGUCUAACGUUUAAGAACUGUCAGCUGAUUUUAAACCUUUCUGAGGGCCUGUGAAUCGGCAUUAUGGGAAUUCGUCAUGCCAUAUGAUAAGUAGUUAUCUGUGUCACUUGAAAUGGUAUUAACCCAGCUUCCGUUUUUGGUUUUCUUUAUUUUGGUUAACUCAGAAUUGCGUCUUUUCCGAUCAUUUGGGAAACGUUUCACGGCUGGAACUAUUUGUCAGUCGCGUGCGUUUCCGAUGAGAGGCGGUGCGCGCUCACGUGGGAAAGUCAGACCACUGUAUCAACCUUGACGUUUCCGAGAGGUUGCGUGUUUUAAGUCCGUCCUUGCUUGAUGACUUUCGUAGGACGCAACAAUGCCAAAGGACCCUCCACUGCAGUGGCCCUCAGUGGAGUUUAUGCAAACAUGAGGAUGGUUCAUGUUUUAACCUCAGUUGUGGGUACCAAAUGUGAACUUAAGGUUAAAAAUGGUCUGAUCUAUGAAGGAGUUUUUAAGACCUAUGGCCCAGAGUGUGACAUUGUCCUGGAUGCUGCACACAGGAAGAGUGUAGAACCUAAUGUGAGCCCUCGCCGUGAGGAUAUUGUGGAGAGCAUCAUCUUCAAGUCCUCAGAUGUUGUGGUAGUUCAUUUCAAAGAUGUGGACCUCAACUAUGCCAAGAAAGUCUCAUCAGAUGCAGACAACUUCACAGACAGUGCAGUAAGUGCCGGUCUGAAUGGAGAGCACAAAGAGAAGGAUCUGGAACCCUGGGAUGGAGGGGAGCAGCACAUCUUGGGCAGCAUGGAAUCUCUUGACACUGAUCUGUCAAAUGGUUGGGAUCCUGAUGAGAUGUUUAAAUACAAUGAGGAGACAUACGGUGUGAAGUCCACCUAUGACAGCAGCUUGUCCUCGUACACGGUUCCUUUGGAGCGAGACAAUUCUGAGGAGUUCCUCAAGCGGGAGGCUCGUGCAUCCCAGCUGGCGGAGGAGAUCGAAGCCAGUGCCACCUAUAAGGCCCGCGUGGCUCUGGAAAACGACGACCGCUCUGAAGAAGAGAAAUACACUGCUGUGGUUCGUGGAGAGAGGGAGCUUCACAGCCUCAACAGGGAGAACAAAUACAUUCCCCCUAGUCAGAGGAACAGAGAACCAGGGAUGUCAUGGGGAGCUGGUCGUCAGAACUCACCCAGAAUGGUGCAGUGCAGCCCUGGGCCACCCGCACCCAGACCUGGACCUCAUGACUACAACGCAAUGGAUCAGCGUGUGGUCAAUGGAGGUGCACACCCUUGGCCCUCACGCUGCCCAUCUCCCUCCUCUCGCCCUCCAUCCCGUUACCAGUCAGGCCCCACCAACUCUCUCCCGCCCCGGGUGGCCACGCCCACCCGGCCUCCUUCCAGACCCCCAUCCAGGCCCUCUCGACCCCUGUCUCACCCCUCUGCUCAUGGCUCUACAGGGCCCCUGUCCAUCAUGCCCAAACGCCUGUCCUCAGAAGGUCCUCCAAGAAUGUCUCCGAAGUCACAGCGUACUCCUAGACCUCAUAGAGUGGCCUCUUGUCGGGGCGGUGAUUAUAUGUCCCAGGGUGCAUCGGUGGAUGUUUCCACUCCCCCUCCUACUCGCAACAGUCCUUCUGGGGGAACCUGGUCAUCUGUUGUCAGCGGUGCACACAGACCUCGAUCACCUCGACAAAAUAGCAUUGGUGGAGGUGCUCCAAGCCCCUCCUGCUUGUCUUCCCCUCAGGCUGGUACAGUGCCAGUAGACUCUGUGACAGCUUCCACAACAGCGACGUCACCCACAGCAGCCAAUCCGGCUACCAACCUGGAAGCAUCUACAAUUGAAGAGGCCAAAGAAUCAAGAGUACUGGAGAUUAGACAGAAUUCUCCCAAUGCCAACAAGGAGAAUGUGAAACCUAUCGAAGCUUCUGCAAGCAUCGCUCGAUCCGUCGGAAAGGGACCUCCAAGCAUGGCUCUAGACCAGAGGAAACAAAUAGAUAAUUUAAAGAAAUUCAGUGUAGAGUUUAGGUUGCAGUCUUGCUCAAAUCCAGAUGCAGUUUUUGACCCCAUUGUGGCCAAGACUCCAUGGGACCUCGUAGAAAAGCCAAAGGAUCAAGCAGCUGAGAAGAGCACAGUAGAUUCAACAGGACCUAAAGUCCCCAUGGAGUCCACCAUUAGUGAAGAAACCUCCACUUCUGUGAGCGGCGGCCCAACAGGAAGUAAAUCUGGUACCCCUUCGCUUUCUCCUUCCUCUGCUGUACCUGAGCAGAAACGAGGGCCUGAUGUGAUGUCUCAGGGCUUUCAAACCUCCUCGUCUCUGGCCAAUGCUGCUGCAAAAGACCAGGAUGAGAAGGAGGAGAAGAAUGACCCUGUAGCAGAGAGUGUUCGAAAAUCUACUCUCAAUCCCAAUGCGAAGGAGUUCAACCCAAGGAUAUUUUGUUCCCCUCCUAAACCAGCAACAACCCCCACUCAAACCCGGCCCCAGGGUCAGCCCAGCCCUUCCAUAGUAGUGCAGCAGCCCCCUGCCGUCUAUGGCCAGACCAUGUUCCAGAUGUACCCUCUGACGCCUGUCAGUCCUGGCGUUCAGAAAAGCAUUAUCUGGAAGCCUCCAGCCAUGUACCAUGUUCAGGUUCCUCACAUGACCAUGAGCCAGACCAAGCCCUACAGACCAGGUAAAGUACCAAACAUGCCACAGCAAAGACCAGACCAGCAUCACCCACCUGGCACGUCUACAAUGAUGCAUCCAGCUACAGCUGCUGGGCCGCCCAUUGUGGCACCGAGCCCAGCCUACUCCACCCAAUACUUCACUUGUAGCCCCCAGCAGUUUGCUAGUCAACCUCUGGUACAACAGAUGCCCCACUACCAGUCACAGGCCCAGCAUGUGUUCAGUCCAAUGAUCCAGAGCGGUGCGAGGAUGAUGACCCCUCCUGGCCAUGCUCAGCCCAGCCUGGUUUCUUCCUCCACCACUCAGUAUGGUGAGCAGACGCACACUAUGUAUGUGUCACCUACCCCCAUUCCUCAGCAGUUUCCCCACCCAGGCUCUACUUUUCACCCUCAUCCGCAGCACCCUCAGCCCUCUGCCACCCCGACAGGACAGCCGCAGCAGGGAACUCAGCAUGGAGGCAGCCACCCGGCCCCCAGCCCCGUUCAGCAUCCUCAGCACCAAGCGGCAGCCCAAGCCAUCCAUCUGGGAAACCCACCACAGCAGCAAAUGUACUCAGCCCUGGCACCCACCCCGCCCUCCAUGACCCCCGGCCCCAACCCUCAGUCUCCUCAAGCCAGUUACCCCUCCGCUCAGCAGGCUGUCUACAUCCACCCCCAACAGGUGCAGCAUGGGUAUAACCCUAGCCAUAUGGCUCAUGUGCAGCAGGCCCACAUGCAGUCAGGGAUGGUGCCUCCCCAUCAUGGCACUCCUUCCCACCCCCCCACUAUGAUGUUGAUGGCCACACAGGCUCCUGCUGGCCCCCAGCCUGGUGCUCUCAACCCCAUCCCUGUGUCCUCAGCCACACACUACUCCUACACUCUCACCCCUGUGCAAGGUCACCAUCCGCAGCAGCUGUAGAGGAUGAAGAUCAGAGAACAGCAGUCGUUUUGAGUGGCUCCUGAUCUUCACAGAGCCAUCUGGCCCCACGUACCACUUACUGGCCAAAGAAACUUUACCUGUCUCUAAACUCCCCUUAAUGGCCAUGACGAGAACCUCAAUCAUGCUGCUCUACUGCUACCCACCACCAGUGAUUUAAGAAAUGCUACAGGCAAAGAUGUGGUGAACUCUGGCUUUUAAAAAACAAAAGAAAGACGAGAGUUUUAACGAGGAAUCAUUUUUCAUGUUUCAGUGACACUAGAACUCUUACAGUGGGUCCUAACAAUAACAAAACAGCCCAGAUGAGUGAGAAAACUGUGCAUAAAUAACGGGAACAUUUUGUCUGCUAAGUUAAAGAUAAUUCUUCCGUACAUUGACAGUAUUAACAUUACUGUUAAAUGCUGCUGCUAUAGCUGAGCUCAAGACCUUGGGGUAAAUCAACACCAACAAAGUGAAAUGGUUCUAACUAAACUAAACAAAAGAAACUUCCAUUAAUGAAGAUGUUCGGCAAAAAAAGCAGAUAAAUUAUUUAUUAAUUUAAUCUGAUGGCAAAACCCCAUUAGACUUCACCGUUAUAAAACUGUUAAGUUAAAAUAACUUUUACUUUGUAGAUAAUAUAAAUGACUUUAAAAAAAAAAAAGAAAAACAUUAAAAAAAAAGUUGUAAAAACUUCAA